AUGGUUUCAAGCGCAAAAUACCGCAAGCCAAAGAUCAAAUACCCAAAAGAUACGUUAUUCUGGGUAACAGAUUUCUUGGUUAAAGGAUGUAGGAAUUUUCUGGAUGAUUGUCCCAUACAUUUCAGAUAUCAACACAUUUGUGCUAUAAAUUACAAUGGUGAAUAUAAAGAUUUCAGUGACUUUUGUCGCAUGCACUAUGAAAAUUGUAACACAUGGCGAAACUGGAGAGUAUUCAAGCGUGAGAGAUGUUAA